AUGUCUUCAUCCCCACAGGUGGUUCGACGACACAGGCUUCUUUUGCCGCAACCCCCUCAUGCUCGAGAGCAGGGACCUCCUGGCGGACACAAGGCCGAGAACAUCGUGUGGAGUGACUCGCUGCUCUCGACCAAGGAGCGCAGUAUCCUCAUAGGAAGCAAGGGCGCUACCAUCUGGCUCACAGGGUUGAGCGGCAGCGGGAAGAGCACCAUCGGGGCGUUGCUGGAGAAGCGGCUGAUCGAAUAUGGACUGCUAGCAUACCGCCUUGACGGAGACAACGUGAGGUUCGGGCUCAACAAGGAUCUUGGCUUCAGCGAGGAGGAUCGGUUUGAAAACAUCCGCCGCAUCGGCGAGGUUGUCUCCAAGCUGUUCACGGACUGCGGGAUCAUCACGAUCUGCAGCUUCAUCUCUCCUUACAGGUCUGAUCGUGACGACGUGAGGAAAAUCUUCGAGAGGGACGAGCUUCCCUUCUUUGAGGUCGUGUACGUUCGAGUCCCUCUUGAAGUGGCCGAGUCCAGGGAUCCCAAGGGACUCUACAAGAAGGCUCGAUCAGGCAAGAUCAAGGGUUUCACGGGCAUUGAUGCUCCUUAUGAAGAGCCUGAACACGCCGAGCUCGUCCUUGAAACGUUUGUUGAUAUAGCCUUGGGUUCUUCUCUCAAGUGUUUGCACGCAGUGGGAGCGAAACUCCGGAUGCGUGCGUAG